AUGGAAGUUAUUGAUCUUCCCAUCAUUGGAAAUCAAUUUACUUGGUUUAGUUCAGAUGGGAAACCAAAGAAUAGGGAUGUAUCAGAUCAUUGUCCAAUCUCGAUUAAAGGAAGGCAAUUGAAUUGGGGCCCCACUCCCUUUAGAUCAAACAACUGUUGGUUUGAAAAUAAACAUUUCUUAACAUUGGGGAAAAAUAGUGGAAAUCAUACCAUUUAA